AUGGCACACAAUGUAGUAGAUUCGGCAUUGAAUAAGUUCAUUGCCGCGACUGACCGAAUAAGUCACUUUGCGGCGCGACUUAACAAGGCUUCUACUGACAGCGCGUCCCUGUACACGUGCCAAGUCCGGAGGGACCAGAUGCGUGCCUUGUGGGACAAGGUCGAGAAGGAGUACGAGGCUUGCUCCUGCGUCAUGUCGGAUGAAAUGACGACAGACGAGUUGCCUACCAUUCAGGCAAAAUAUGAUUACUGCUAUAUUCUCUAUGAGCAGUGGUCCGCUCAGCUAAGUGAGCAAAUAGCUGAUGCCUCCCAGGCACUCACUCCCCGUACACCCGUACAAACGCAAGCCGUGCCGUUCAUGUCCACAGGGUGUCGCCUACCUCCGUGCGACACCGAAGUUUUCGGAGGCGAUUACACUCGCUGGCCCACCUUCCGAGACUUAUUCACGGCUAUUUAUAUCCGAAAUCCAAGACUGUCGGAAGUUGAGAAACUUUUCCAUCUCAACUCCAAGACCAGCGGUGAAGCCCAUGCCAUUGUGACAAAGUCUCCUUUGACCAAUGAGGGGUUUCAGUCGGCGUGGUCCAGCUUGACUGAGCGUUUCGAGAACAAACGGUUGCUCGUGAACAGUCAGCUGCGAAUCCUUUUCAACUUGCCCGCCAUUGGGCAAGAGUCGGGUGCAUCCAUUCAGGAGUUGCAGAGCACCAUCCAAGGAGCGGUAUCGCACCCUAGAAGCGAUAGCGGAAGUGUCAGCCAGCACGAGCGCUCCGACGGUUCCACGGGCCUCACGCAAGGAGGCCCCGUCGCCAAGCAGGUCAACUCCUUUGAGAGUCGGAUGGGUAUCAACGAUAGGGUCAAUUAUAUAAAGCAACAGAAGCUGUGUCUCAAUUGUUUCGCACGAGGCCAUAUCCUGACUGAGUGCACAAGUGCGCACAGCUGCUUUACUUGCAAGGGUCGUCAUCAUACACUCUUGCAUCGAGUGAACCCGGCACCGACAGUCACAACCCCGAUUGCAUCUCCAAUACAGUCCACUUCCACCCAGUCAGCUAACGUCCAGUCAUUCGUGGCAGUUAACACACAAGGUGUUCUGCUCAGCACAGCUGUCAUUCACGUAUGCCAUCUCGGCGUCCGCUAUACAGCUCGGGCUCUGAUUGACUCCGGAUCAGAAGCCACCUUCCUCUCAGAGAAGUUGUUCAAGCGCUUGAGGAUGCCGUAUACAUCCGUGCAAGCCCGCGUUUCUGGGCUGACGCAAGCUGUGGCAGUCCAGCCCCGAAAGUUUUGCCAAUUCUUAAUUGGCUCCCCGGUCAGACCCGAUUUGCAGAUCGAGGCGUCGGCGUACGUCCUCCCCCAGUUAGCGGGGAAUCUGCCCUCAUGUUCCGUCCCACAAACACUCCUCGAAAAUCUGCCCAGCAUCCAGCUGGCAGACCCCAAAUUCCAUGAGAGUUCGCAGAUUGAUGUGCUACUAGGCGCUGACAUCCUCCCGUCCAUUCUGCUCGGCGGCUCUCACCCUAACAUUUGUGGGACCCUCCUCGGUCAAGAGACCAUUUUCGGUUGGAUCCUGACUGGCCCUGUGUCGGGAUCCAUUUCAAAAUCCAUUUCGUCCUUUUCGGCUCGACUGUCCGUCGAGCGAACUCCGCCAUUGGAGGAACUCCUCUCCAAAUUUUGGGAGGUGGAGGACCUGCCGGCUAGCCCAGCAAAAGAAUCUGACCUUUUUUGUGAGGCUAACUUCAACGCCACGACCGUGCGAACCUCAACGGGUCGCUACAUGGUCACGCUCCCAUUCCGCGAUCCUGGUCACGUUAACCUGGGUCACUCGAGGGCUACCGCUCUCGCUCAGUUCCUGAGAAACGAGAGCCGUUUAAAGAGGAACGACUCUCUGAAGGAACAAUAUGACUCCGUUAUUCGAGAGUAUCUGGAUUUGGGUCACAUGACUCAAGUCCCCCCAUCCAGUUCCGGCAACUACUAUUUGCCGCAUCACGCUGUUCUCAAGCCCGACAGCACCACCACGAAGCUUCGCGUUGUAUUCAACGCCUCCAGCCCGACUUCAAACGGGAAGAGUCUGAAUGACAUCCUCCACACUGGGCCAAUCCUUCAAUCCGACCUGACCAUUCAAAUCCUGAAAUGGAGGUUUUUCCAAUUUGUCUUCAACGCUGACAUCACCAAGAUGUAUCGGCAAAUCCUUGUGGAUCCCAAACACACCCGGUUUCAAAGGUUGCUCUUCCGUACUCCAGACGAGAAGUUAUGCGACUUUGAGCUCAACACAGUCACCUUUGGAGUGAACUGUGCUCCGUACCUGGCUAUCCGCGUUCUGCAUCAACUUGCGACUCACACUAAGCAGGCUGCGGUGUCUGCUAUAGAUGAGCUUCGAACGGCGCUCGAGAGUGCUGGGUUCCCUUUGCGUAAGAGGACCUCGAACUCGAAAGAUGUGCUGAGAAGAAUCCCUAAGGAUCACUUGCUCUGUGCAGACUUCCUCGAGAUCGACGAAGCUAGUGUCGCAAAGACGCUAGGUAUUCGAUGGCGGGCCACGUCCGACGAGUUCUUUUUCGUCACCGCCGAGAUGGUGUCCAAACCAUCUUUCAGCAAGAGAGAAGUGCUGUCGCAGAUCGCCAAGUUGUUCGACCCAGCAGGUUGGCUUGCUCCCGUGGUCAUUUGGGCCUAG